GAGAGGGAGAGAGAGAAAAGGAAAAAAGACACAAGAAAAGAGAUGCCACAGCGGGACGAAGCUGAGCCACCCUCUUGCCCUGAACGCAAACUUUUCAGAAAAAGAGCCAAAGGAUUGCGCAUUGGGGAAAAGGGAUUGAUAAAAGGGUCGAGCGGAGUUUGCGGCGGUCACAAUUGACACGGAGAGAGCCAGAGGGGAGCAGUGCAGAAGCCCUGCCAAACCUGUCAGCACUGAAGGGUCAACACAUCUGCCAAGCCCGUCCAUGCCCAGUCACAAGAUCAACCUGCUUUUUAACCUUGUAUGAACAAUAAGAAAGUGAGAGGCACCCAGGAGAGGAAAGCCUUCGGUUGCAGGUUUUGACGAUUAUUAUAUGGUCUUUUGUGCUUUUUUUCCCGUUCAUUGGAUUGCACCUGCAGCUCACAGUGCACAUUGUGAAAAGAACCAAUCUCCCCCUGACAAUGACUGCUGCUGGGGUGUCUAGAUUGGGGUGUGUCUACUUCAUGACCAUCUUUCCCUUUAUCCCUCUUCUUGUCCUGUGGCCCCGCUCUGGCCAGGGUAGCCCUAUCAUGUCGCCUGAGGAGCCCCGUCCAGCCCCCGGGCUGGGGGACGGGCACGGGGGUUUUGUGGACCCCUCACUGCUGGAGCAGGAUGGUGAUAUGGACAUGCAGAACCUUCUGGAGACGCUGCGUGGGCAGUUCCUCCGCACCUUCAACCUGACGGGCCUUGGGCCCCCAUCACAGCCCGGCAGCCCUCGCGUGGAGCCGCCCGAGUACAUGAUGGAGCUGUACAACCGCUUCGCCAACGACCGCACCGCCAUGCCCUCUGCGAACAUCGUGCGCAGCUUCAAGAACGAAGAUACAUCUCCUUACAGCGUUGGUGUUGGAGGUGUGAGGAAACACCCUUUGCUGUUCAAUGUAUCAGUCCCUCAUCAUGAGCGUGUCACUGCAGCCGAGUUACGCCUGUACACCCUCGUCCAGAGAGACCGCCGCAUCUACGCUGGGGUCGACCGCAAAGUGACGAUCUUCGAGGUGCGGGGAGAGCAGCACACCACUGAAGGCAACCACAGGAGAAAAAUAGAAGAAGAGGAAGGACAAAAUGGAGAGGAAGCGGUGGAGGUGGUGGAACUGGUGGAGUUAGCAUCGCGGCAGGUUUAUGGCACAGACAACGGCUGGGAGUCUUUUGAUCUCACUGCUGCUGUCAACCGCUGGCAUAAGUCGGACUACGUCACUACCCACAGACUGGAGGUGCACAUUGCAAGCCUCAACACUGAGGGGGAAGGAGGGGACCUGGAGGCAGGAGACCAGGCUGGGGACGAGACCUUUGGAGGAGACAUGGAGAUCGACAUGAGCCCCGAGGCCAAACACAAGCCAUUGAUGAUCGUGUUCUCAGAUGAUCAGAGCGGAGACCACCGGGAAGACAAGCGGGAGAUCAAUGAGAUGAUUGGACAUGAGAGCAUGGGGGUAGGGCUUCAGGACAACAUGGAUCUGAGUCUGAAUGGGCUGUGGGGGGAUGGACGAGGUGAAGGCGAGGAGGACCAGGAUGAAGAGGCUCUCAUGCAAAUGCGCUCCAACCUGAUCUAUGACACCGCCUCCAGGAUCCGCCGCAACGCCAAAGGCAACCAGUGCAAGAAAAAUUCGCUCUAUGUGGAGUUCAAGGACAUUGGCUGGGACAGUUGGAUCCUGGCACCGACUGGCUAUGAGGCCUAUGAGUGCAGUGGAAUUUGCACCUACCCGCUGACGAAACACGUCACGCCAACCAAGCACGCUAUAGUCCAGACUCUGGUCAGCAUGAAGAGCCCACAAAGGGUGUCCCGGGCCUGCUGUGUGCCCACCAAGCUUGACCCUAUCUCCUUGCUGUACCUGGACGAGACUGGUGUGGUCACAUACAAGUAUAAGUAUGAGGGCAUGGUGGUGGCAGAGUGUGGGUGCAGAUAGUACCGCCACCAGUGAGGAGGCAGAGACACUCUUCAAACAGGAGGAGAUUGGGAGUUUUUGUUUUAUUAUCAAAACAAAAUACACAAAAGACUAUACUCAAACUAACCCCUUGCUCAAAGAAAAUCACCACUCCAGGACUUUUAACAAGCUUUUUUGUUGAUUGUUUAAACAAGGCUUUGAAGAAUUAAGUUGCCAUAGACUAACAGGGUCAAAGUUUUAAUUUCAAAAGUCCAAGUCAGCAUCCAACUCAGCUUAAUUAAUUAAUAAGUGGAAUUCAAGGGCUGGGAAACAAUUUGGGAAAUACUUUUCUCUGGAACAGAGGGAGAGGUGAGGUAGGGUGGAGCUGUGAAGGCAUAUUGUAGGAGGAAAACAUGGGUUGGGUGAGGCUGGUACUGUAUGUGUAUUUAUGUAUAGACCG